UGGCCGAAUGCCCGUAGUUGAAGAUAGAGAAGUGUGUGUGUGCGCUGCGCAGGUUGUCCAUUCCAAUUCCUUUUCCCCCACCACUUUCUCCAUCGACCAUCGCACACAUAAAAAUUCCUCCAUGCUGCUGUUGUGAAUAAGGUUUGUCUAUGAAAUGUCCCAACGUUUCCAGCACCACCACGAGUUUUUCUUGUUUUGCGCGGGAGACGAGUGUAUAGCCACAAUAGCUACGCAUCAGUGAAAAAAAAAAAAAAAUUGAUGAAAGCUAGGUGACUCGUUAAUGUCAAUCAGUGUCAAUCCGAGAAGACCAUGUCAGUGAUGGAAGUGAAAUUUCCAAACGAUGAGCAGCCUGGGAAAAUUAUCAAGUGGAGAGUGUCACCGGAUACUAUGGUAUCUGCAGGGAGAAUCCUUCUGCUUUAUCAGGGUAUUGGAGGAGAUGAUGAUACAAAGACUGGGGAGAAGAAAUUACGUGCUAGCCAAUUUGGGAGGGUUAAUUGUCUUCUGGCAAAGGCCGGGGAUAUUGUCAAGCCUGGGCAGGUGUUGCUCCGAAUGACAGGCUGUAAACAUCCAACAGUGAUGAAGGACCUGUGUGCUGAGUGUGGUGCUGAUUUGAGGGCUGAAGUAGUUGGUGAUGGUGGCCAGGGUAGAUUGAUAUCAGAGGCCAGUGUUCCCAUGGUCCACAGUAUACCUGAGUUGAAAGUAUGUCCAGAAUUGGCUGAGCAAAUUGGAAAGAAGGAUGAGGAGAGGCUUCUCACUGACCGUAAACUGGCACUACUUGUCGAUCUUGAUCAGACUAUUGUGCAUACGACUAAUGACAAUGUACCAGCUAUCAUCAAGGACGUUUUUCAUUACCAACUUUAUGGACCCAAUUCACCGUGGUACCAUACACGAUUGCGCCCUGGUACUCGUCAUUUUUUAUCAGAAAUGAGUAAAUUGUAUGAGCUACACAUCUGCACCUUUGGAGCGAGAAACUAUGCACACACUGUGGCUGCAUUGCUCGAUAAGGAGGGGACACUUUUUUCGCAUAGGAUACUCUCUAGGGAUGAGUGUUUUAAUUCAGCAUCCAAGACAGCUAAUUUGAAAGCAUUAUUUCCAUGUGGUGACGACUUGGUCUGUAUAAUCGAUGACCGCGAGGACGUGUGGCAGGGUUGUGGUAAUCUAGUACAAGUUAAGCCAUACCACUUUUUCAAACACACCGGUGACAUCCAUGCACCACCAGGCCUCGAAAAGCGAGACUUGCCAGAGAUACUUGAUUCUAAUGAAUUAUCAAACAACGUGACACAAAUUGUACAGAAUGAUGAUGAUGAUGAUGAUGCGGAUGCGAAUGCGAAUGCGAAUGAACGACGUGAAAAUGGAAUGACAGUUGAGGAAGCAAAAGCAAUUACUGAAAAAUACAAAGAUGCAGAUUCAUUACUUCCACAAGCUGAUAAAAAUGGACAAGAAAAUGUUCAAGAUUCCAGUGGUAAAGGAGAGACUAAAGAAGAGAAAAUUAACAAGGAUCAAGUGGAUAUUAUUAGUACCAUUAGUAAAAAAAAUUCCGAGGCUGAGGAUGACGAUCACGACGAUUAUUUAUUAUACCUAGAAGAUAUUCUCAAGAGAAUUUAUACGGAAUUCUACGAGCACAUGGACAGGGGGGAGAGGAAACCCCUGAGAGAUAUUAUACCCAAAGUCAAGAGGCGUGUGCUCCAGGGCUUGCUAUUGACCUUCAGUGGAUUAAUUCCAACGCAACAUAAACUUGAGGACAGUCGAGCUUACAGAGUUGCUAAGGCUUUUGGAGCUCAAGUUGAACAGGAUUUAACAGAGAAAACAACGCACUUGGUGGCCAUCAAGCCAGGCACCGCCAAAGUAUACGCAGCAAAGAAGAAUGCCAACAUAAAAAUUGUCAAUCCUGAUUGGUUGUGGUCGUGUGCAGAGCGCUGGGAGAGAGUUGACGAGAGAUUAUUCCCACUAACUACAAAGGCAAGAGGAUCCAGAAUACCGCCUCCACACUGUAGUAGUCCAGAUCGAAUUGAGAUUGAAAAUCCAGUGACAGUUACAUUUGCCAAUACUAUAAAUCCUCUAAUGUCUUUCACGGAAGAAGAAAUCGAGAGCAUGGAUAAAGAGGUCGACGAGGACAUGACUGAUCCUGAGAUGAUGGAUUCGUCGGUGUUUGAUGUUGACGAUUUGGGGAACAAAAGAGGAAUCAAUGAGAGCGAUGAUCAUUCAGAUGAAGAAUAUGAACCUCGAAAGCGCAGAAAAACAGCAAAAGAAAAUGCUGCCGCCGCCGCCGCCGCCGUCGCCUCAUCAUCAUCAUCAUCAUCACCACCACCAUCAGAAGAAGAAGAAGAAAGACAAGGUCAAGACAACGACGAAGAUGACGAUGAUGAUCCAAUAACAAGAUUCAGAAGAGGUGAGGGACUACCAGACGACCUGGAUAUGGGUGAUUCUCAAGAUUCUGUUGAUGAAAUUGCUGAUCCAGCGGAAGAAGAUGAUGAUAGAGAGUGGAAUGCCAUGGGUGCAGCAUUGGAGCGUGAAUUUUUAUCAGAAUGAUCACCAAAUACUUGUUAUCACCGAGCCAAGUAUUUCAACAACAAUAAUUGUACAAUGUCGAGUUUUUAUUCCAUUAUCCACUCAAUCAUGUUAUCAAAAUUGUACAUUUACAUGGAUUUAAAUUUCUACCAAGGGAAAUACGUUUUUGACAUUAUUAUUAUUAUUAUUAUAUAUUUCACGUUUAGUUGAUUUUAAUGGUGAAUCGAAUCAAUUUGUAAUCUCGUAUGAGUGAGAAUAAAUUUUUUAAAGAAUUGCAA